UGACUAGCAAUUCGUUACAGUUGCUAGAAAUCCUGCCCAUAUGCUAAGAGUUAUCGCCUCCAUCUGACCAUGUUAGGAUGUUAUUUGUAACUGUACAUCCUGCAUCUAUUAUGAUUCCUUCAUCACCUCACACUCUCGCCUCUCUUUGGUUGUGUAAUAGUCCCAACUCUUUUUUUUUCCCUUUCCCUUGCUGAGUCCUAGUAUGAUACAGAGUAAUCUGAUGGGAGAAAAACAUUCACUUGUGUCUUUCUCUCCUCCCACACUCAUGACUGCAGCAAGCAGCUAGAAGCAGCGCCAGGAGAAGGAGUGAGAGAAGGCAGAGGGGAUCUCAGGCGUCCAGGUUCAUUGCCGUGACUCACAAGGAUAUUCUCAGGAGGAAUUUUGAAAUAUUAUGGAAAAGGCCUGGUCCAGAGAUGGGCAGUCCUAAAGAGCCUCAAAGAUUACAGUUGUCGCAACCUGAUGGUGCCAGUGAGAAUGUUCCUCUGCGUUCUCCUAUAUCUUCAAGGAUCUGGCAAGCCGAAGAUCCUUUACAUAAUUCAGGGUUUGAUGGCGAGGAUCUCUGCAUGAGGAAUUUCUGUGUCAGCGUACAUGGGGACCAUGAAUUUCCAGAAGGCAGCUUCAGCUUUGACACUGAUGCAGAGAGGAUCUUAGAGGUGCAUAAAGACAUUUCUGUAGAUUCUGAAAUCACAUAUUCUUUCCAUGAAGGCAGGGAAGACCAGAAUUCAUCAAGACAAGUAAACUUAAACAAGCCUGAUAUCAAUGUUAUAGAUACAUCUGUACAGAGCCCAAGUAUUACUCCUGUGUCACGUGUAAUGGGAACAGCUGGAAAAGAUGUCUGCUUCUCUGAAAAUAUUGGGGAUUACAAAGGGCAAGCUAUAAAUGAUCCCAUUGUGACAGAAGCAAGUCAUUCUUUAGAAACAAACACAGAUAUUGUUCCUGGAGAUAGUAGAACUCAAGAAGAUACAUUAGCAAUUAUUUCCCAACAAAACGAUAAGAAAGAAACUGUUGAAGAAUCAGAAUUGGGGAAAGUCACAAACAUCACUACUAAGGAACACAAGAAAGAAACCCAAGUAGAAGGGUCAGUGGAAUGUAGGAAGUUCUCCAAUGGAGAACUAAGUGGGAAAACACAAAUAUCUGGCGCAAUGCUGUCAAACAUACAGGAUGAUACACAAGAAAAACAGUACAGAUCUAUUGCUGUUAGCCCAAUUGUUCUACCUGAUGGACAAUCAUCUUUCAAUUUUCAAACAAUUGCUCCACGACCACGACCAAGUGGUGAAAAUACACCUGAAGUGAAGACUGAUGAUAAGGUGGCCGGCAAAAAAGAAGAUCUACCAAAAACAUAUUCAUUUGAGCUCACCCCUCCUAAUGAUGAUGGUGGAACAGAAACAAGGUAUAGGUCUGUAGCUGUAAGCCCUAUUAUUCCUCCAGGUGACUCAUCAUCUUUCACAUUUCAGACAGAUCAUGGUGCACAACCUCAAAAAGAUCCAAAGGCAUCUGCUACAAUGCAGAGAACAGAUGCUGGAAAAACAGAUACCCUUCAAAGAAUUUGUUCACCAGAACACAUCAAUCACAGUGCUUUUGGAGUGGAAUAUAAAUCAGUAGCUGUGAGUCCCAUUAUUAUACCGGAGGGAUCUUCAUUCACAUUUCAUCCAUUAAGAACUGAUUGUGGUAGCACAGUGGGAGGAGAGGUGACAAAUAAAAUAUGUUUUAUUGAACUGGAACCUCCCAGUCAGGAAGUUGGGACUCAGGCCAGAGCAGAGUGUGUGUCAGUUGCAGUUAGCCCAAUUAUCCCACCAGGUGAUACUUCCUCAUUCGUGUUUCAAUCAUUACAACAAAUUGGAGACAGAAUACCAGACAAGCAAGCCACUUGUGCAAAAUGUGCACACAAUGAUGAUGCAGGCACACAGGCUGGCACUAGUGUGCAAUGUGUAUCAGUGGCCGUCAGUCCAAUUGUGCUUCCAGGUGGACCGUCCUCUUUCACUUUCUCAUCUGAAAAGACAGCUCUUUCACCUGUGGCAGAGCACAACAAAGAUGAGAAGACAAAAGAUGCAGAUCAUUUUCAAAAAAGAUAUUCAUUUGAGCUCCUGCCUCCAGAUGAAGCUACCAGAACUACACCAAGAAUAGAAUAUAGAUCUAUAGCAGUAAGCCCAAUAAUACAACCUGAUGAAGUUUCUUUUACUUUUCAAAAAAAAGAAGAAACGUUUACAUCCAAAGGAAAUGAGAGAAAAGAAGAUUCAGGUUGUGUGGAUGUGCUACCUAAAACAUAUUCAUUUGAAAUAACGCCCCCUGAUGAUGAUCCAGGCACACAAGCCGAACACAAAGUGGAGUGUGUGUCUGUGGCUGUCAGUCCUUUUGUUUUUUUGCAGGAGACUUCAUCAUUUCCCUUUCAAGAAGAACAAAUGACCAAGCAACAUGACCAGACCCAAAAGCAAGGCCCUUGCAAUACUAGUGAACUUCCAAAGACAUCAUUAGUGACAAAACCACAAUACCAUGAUGUAGGAAUUCAAGCUGAUUUUACAGUACAGUGUUCAUCAAUAGCUAUAAGUCCCAUGAUUCCACUGGAUGGAUCAAGUUCAUUUGUAUUCCAAACAGAUGGGGUAAACCAAGCCUCAUCAUUGAAAAUACAGCAGUUAGAAAAGCCGGAUAUGAAAGAUGCUGAGAUGCAAGUGUCCUUUCCAGUAGAAACCAGAUCAAUUGCAACUGACCCCAUGACACCAAGAGGAAAAUCACCACGGGCUUCUUAUCCUGAAGUUCAUGUGAAGGAAGUCAAAACUGGUCCCCCAGAGCCAGUACGGGAAGUCAGCUGGGAUGAAAAAGGGAUGACCUGGGAAGUAUAUGGAGCUUCAAUGGAAGUUGAGGUUUUAGGCAUGGCUAUACAGAAGCACUUGGAAAAACAGAUUGAGGAACAUGGGAAGCGAGAGAAGGUGAUGACACCUCAAAAUACUCGAGGUAGUUCUGUUAGAGGUGCCGUGGUAAAGAUUGAAAGCAAACCGCAACCUGGUGCUUUCCGCAGCUUUUUCCACAGGCGGUCCCGUUGCUGCUCUCGUGCUGCCCCUGCUGUUGAUUAAAAUAAUAAGAGUUAAGCCAUUUUAAGCCUUUUUAACAAGCAUACAGAUGAUGAUUGAUAAACAAAUGGCUCACAUGGAGGUCAAAACAUACUGUACUGAAAUGAUUUAGAUGAAGGAACAGUUCUUGUUUCAGAAAUCAGUAACAGAUUUAAGAAUGCUACAAUCCAUUGUGAAGAUUGUUGAAGCUACAUAAAGAAUGGGGUUGGAUGAUUAAAAAAAUUGGAAUGUA